AAAUUGACAUUUUGGAUCAUCUGUAAUACUGUAAUCUACAAAAAAUUUUCCUAAUAAUAUAAUUUUACUACUUUAUUUUUUGUGUUAGUCUUUCUUUACGAUAUGUAUAGCUGAAUAUUAAUAAAUAUCAAUGGAAGACCCUGGUGGAAAUUCAAAUGAAAUAGAUGAAAAUGUCAAUAAUUUAAGAGAUAAAAUACAUGAAUUGGAAGCAGAUAAAAAAAGAAUUCGAGAUGAAUUCAACGUCCAGAGGGCGAAAAUGAAGGAACUCUUUUUACAAAAAGAAAAAGAGUUCAACGAAACAAAACAGGAAAACAUACACUUGAAUGAUGUUAUUGAGAAGUUGAAGAAGGAAUUGGAUGAAGCAAAAAGUCAAUUGCUUGUCACAGGCUUAACUCUAGAAUCAGAUAGAGAAAUAGAAAAGCGUCGAGCAGAUGAAGAAAUAGCAUCUCUUCAGAAAUUAGUCCAUGAAACUAUUGAGGAAUCUUCAUCUUCUAAAUCCAUACAUGAUGCAGAAAUUGAAUAUUUGAAAAAAUUAAUUCAAGAUUACCAGUCAGAGAUAUCAGAAAUGAAGAGACUCCAACAACAAUCACCACAUCACAAUAUCCAAGAACAUAGUCUAGCUCCAAGUAAUGUUCUAAAUGCUCUAACCAAAGGUAUAGUGAAGAAACUAGGUGCAGAUUCUUUUUCCUCGCAAGAUAGUCUUGAUGACAGUGUAAAAAAGCAAUAUGAAGAUCCAGAAGUGCUUCGUUCUUUAGUUGAACCUUUAGAGGAUCAAAUCAAAGCUCUCAAGGAAAAGCUGAGAAAUACUGAUGAACUACUUCAAAAAUGCAGGGAAUGUGGGCAUAAUGGGGGAAAUGCCAAGGUCAAUGGACUAGAAACAAUAACUACAACAUCCCAAACUGAAAGAGGACCUAGUUGUGACAUGUGCCAGAAUUAUGAAGCUCAAUUGGUGGGCGAACAAAAAAAGUACAAUAUUUUGCUGGGCAAAACUGCCGCUGCUGAAAAAGCUGUAGAGAGGCAUAAGGAGGAAUUGUUGAAGGAAAUAGGUUUUCGAAAAGAAAUGGAAGAAAAAUGGAAUGAAAAGAGGGAAGAACUUAAAGUGCAGGUUGCCGAACUAACGAAAAAUACUGAACGUGCUGAGAAAGACUUGAAAGAAUUACGUCAAUUUUUUGACCAAAGAUGUACAGAAUUCCGGACUGAGCUUAUAAAACUAACGGAAGAUAGAGAAAAAAUGUAUAAAGAAUUGCAAACAUUACAAAUGGAAAAUGACAAUCUGGUAGGAAAAUAUACGAUCCAUUCUCAAGAACUGCAAAGUCAAGCUAUAGAUCUUCCAAAUACUGUUCAGGAACUACACGAGCUGAUAUUGAAGAAUAACCAAGAUCUUAUCAUAGCAAAAAUUGGAAAAGAAAAUGCAGAAGCAAAUGUCAACAGUUUGCAGUCAAAUAUUAUUCAGUUAAAAGAACAAAUAAUGAAUAAUCAUCAAGAAAGAGAAAUCAGAGAGAUUAAGUUAUUAGAGAAAAUUGGAAUUCUCAAGGAACAAAUACAACACUUCGAAAAAGAAACAAAAAAUGUAAAUCAUGACACAAUAAGUAAACUUCAAGAACAAAUUAAUAAGUUGACCAUAUCGGAGAACAAACUAAUGGAACUUAAUAAUGAACUGAAAUCUAGAGUGUCCUCUCUCCAACAGGAAUUAGAUACAAGUGAGACUGUGCAGAAGGACUUCGUUCUUUUAACACAAAAUUUACAGGUGCAGUUGGAGAGGAUUAGAGACUCUGAUACUCAAGUACGAUGGCAACAUGAAGAAGAUGUAGAUAAUUGUCCCUCGUGUCAUUCUAGUUUCAAUAAUACAAAAAAGAAACAACAUUGCAGGCAUUGUGGUCGGAUAUUUUGCCAACAGUGUUUAAAAAAGGAAAUAAAAAGUGGACCCAAUAAUCGUGUUUCCAUAGUCUGCAAUGUUUGCCAUACUUUACUAGACCACAACUCAGCUCCCUAUUUCAGUGAAGCACCGCCGCCUACGUAAUUGUAAAUUGUAUCAAAUUUAAAUAGUAAUUGUAAAUGUUAAAACUCAAAGAUAAGUUCUUAAUUCAAAUAACUUUGUGUGUUCAAAAAUGGAUAUUCCAUCAGUUCUCUCAAGUACUGAGAUUACAUACCCCUUAGAGAUUUUAAAUUUUAAUAUACGUGACAUGAAUGAACAUGUGAUAACUUUAACGUUAAAAGGUAUAUAGAGUAGGCAAUAUUCCGGAUUAAGAAACUUCCAGGUAGCAUUUGAUUGAGAGUUAAUUGUAUAAAAAAUUUCUGCAUAAUUGGGUUGUUUUAUGAUGGUAUUCAAUGUUUCUUCACUUCAUGAAUACAUUUUAUAAUAACUCAAUAUCUUAAAUGCUUUGGAGAUUUAUUGCUCAUGUGAUUAACCAACCGUUCAUGCAAGAAAUGUUCGAAACAGUACAAUUAUUACAGAUUGGUGGUAAAUUUUUUCUGAUGUUAUCAUGAGCUGCAGAAAGUAGUAAUUUUAUAAUGAGAUUAUAAGGUCUUUUCCACUUGAAGAAUAAAGUGUUAUUUGAAUUUUAACCAGAUUCAUUGAAAGUAAUUAAAACAUUAUGAAACUUUAUAAAAUAUCAAUGAUUGAUUUUUUAAAUUUCAUCCAUAUCUUUGAUUCAUACACUAUAGUAAUAUAUUAAUAAUAAAUAAUUACAAUAUUC